AUGGGUAAGGCCCUUACCAAUGUAGAGGUUGCUGGCCGGCUUAUCAAGUGGGCGACAGAAUUGGGAGAAUAUAAUAUAGUCUAUCAACCCCGCACGGCUAUUAAAGCGCAGGCCUUGGCUGAUUUCUUGACAGAGAUUCAUCAAGCUGAUUCCGAAGAAACUUGGAAGAUAAAUGUGGAUGGAUCGGCUACACAGCAGGGAAGCGAAGUCAAAGUUCUUCUAAUAUCCCCUCAAGAAGACAUUCUGCAGAUAGCCGUUCAGUUAAACUUCAGAGCCACUAACAAUGAGGCAGAGUAUGAGACUUUGUUAGCAGGGCUACAGGCAGCUCGGCAUGUGGGAGUUGCCCGAGUAAUCAUCUAUUCGGAUUCCCAAUUGGUAACCCAACAAGUAGAGAAAAACUUUGAGAUCAAUAGUGAUAAGCUACAAGUAUACUGGGAGGUUUAUGAAGGAAUGAAAGAAACAUUCAAAGAGGUCACGGAAAGCAAGAUUCCCAGAAUGGAGAAUGGCCGAGCUGAUGAGUUAGCAAAAAUAGCCAGCUCUCUAACCACAUGGGUAUUGGAUAAAUCAAUAGCACAAACCUUUCUCAUAGCUCAGAUAGAUCUUCAGAAUAACAUGGACGAGCCUAUUGACUGGAGAGCACCAAUGAUCAGUUAUCUUCAACAAGGUAUCCUGCCAACCGACCUCGAGGGAGCACGGCUGGUCAGGAAAAAGGCUCACGCUUACACCAUGAUAGGAGAUCAGUUAUAUAAACGAGCAUUUUCCAUACCUUUACUCAAAUGUUUAAGUAUGGAAGAGGCGGAUCUUGUCCUACGAGAAAUGCACCUGGGGUGUUGUGGCAGUCAUGUUGGAGGCCGAACGUUAGCCCGCAAGGUGCUGUUGGCUGGCUAUUUCUGGCCUACUUUACAGAAAGAUGCUCAGCGGUUGGUGAGCACUUGUUUAUCUUGCCAGAAAUAUCAUAAUCUGACGUAUAUGCCCACCUCGGUGCUUAAGACAUCUAUAGUUUCUUGCCCCUUCGAUCAGUGGGGUAUGGAUAUUGUGGGACCCUUCCCUAUGACAUACGGCCAAAAGCGAUUUUUACUUGUGGCAGUGGACUACUUUUCCAAAUGGGUAGAAGCCGAAGCCCUGGCCAGAAUUAUAGAAAGAGGAUUGAAGGUUAAGUUGGAUCACGUUGGAGAAGAUUGGGUGAAAGAGUUGCAAAGUAUUCUUUUGACCUACCGUAUGACUCCCCAGGAGAGCACAAGCCUUACCUCGUUUCAUCUGGUCUACGAAAAUGAGGCGGUGGUACCUAUAGAGAUCAGGGUGCCUUUAACUAGGAGAAUGCUAUACGAUGAAGAGAAUGCUGAACGACGACUUGCCGAGCUAGACCUCAUUAGUGAAACCCACGAGCAGACGACAGCCAGGGGGAGCCAUGACAAGAGACCCUUGCUCAUACAGUUGCCGGAGGGCCCCUACUGCACCAUAAUCUAUGGACGUCAUGAAGCGGUCCCCUACUUGGAUGCCAAACUCCCGAGAAUGGAGGUAGGCCUCUUGGCUCAGCCUUCAACGUUCGCUCUCUCCCGCCCUAUAUAUUUCCAGAGCUGUGGUGACUCCCGAGGAAGCAGAGCGAGCUUGGGCUAG